ACAAGUCACUUAUCCAGUCAAAUCAAUUUGAACAGCAUUUAUACACAGUUAUAUGCAUGAAUACAUAUGUAGUUUGCUAGUUAUAAUGCACUGACAAUUUUGUUUCCGUAUUUUCUUGCCCCCAAUUGUUCAUUUGUACUGAUAAAUCAGGAUAACUGUAACUCAAUCUUCUCCAAGUGACAUUAGAACAUUUAAUCAUCAUUUUGUUAACAUUCCUAGUUGUAAUGCACUGACAAUUUUAUGAUCCAACAAUUUAUAGUUUCACUCACAUGUUUCAAUGUUACUUCUUGCUCGUAUUUUCUUGCAGCCAACUGUUAAUUUUUACUGAUAAAUCAUGGAAACUGUAAUUUAAUCAUCUCCAAGUGACAUUAGAAUAUUUAAUCAUUGUUUCGUUAAUGUUCCGUGAAUCAAUUUGAAGCAAGUCUCAUUAUUAAUAGACAGCUUUGAGCGGUUUUUUAGUUUUAAAAUAUAACAACAAAUCAUAUGUGAGCCAUUGUUUUGGACCAAUAGACUCUUUUUGAAAUGACUAAAGUUACCAUAGUCGGUAUUUCUGGAGUAACUAAUGGUGGUAAAACCACUUUGUCCACUAAGAUUAUCGAAAAAUUUCCAAACUCAAUAUUAAUAAGACAAGAUGACUAUUUUCGGGAAGAGGAUGACCCUAAUCAUAUAUGGAUUACCUUAAAAAGUGGAAGAAAACAUCAAAAUUGGGAGUCACUCAACGCUGUGAAUUGGGACAAAUUAAAAUCUCAGGUUAAUUUGACUUUGAGUGAAUUAUCUAACACCAGCAAUCCUCUUCUUAUAAUUGAAGGGCAUCUUAUCUUCAACUAUAGGAAUUUUCCUUUCAAAUUUGACUUGAAAUUUUUCUUCACACUACCAAAAGAGGAAUGCUUUCGUCGCCGAUUGGAUCGUAAUUAUGUUCCAGCCGAUCCACCCGGUUAUUUUGAUGAAAUCGUUUGGCCUAUGUAUCUUAAAAAUAAGGAAGGAAUGGGAAAAUCGACGCAUGAUAUAAUCUACAUAAAAGGAACUGAUGAUACUCAACAAAUUUUCAACGAUGUGCUUCAAAGGAUUAAUAAAACCUGUUAGUAGAUCGUUUUUUUCAUCAAAAAGCUUAGAGAUCAUUAAAUUGUUUACCAUCGGGAAAAGUAAUCCAAUAACCAUCAUGAUCUAACAAGGGUAUCUUAAGUGCUCAUUAAAUUGAAGUCUCAAAGCUAUAUUAAUUUGGUUUAACUCUAGGAUAUUCUGGAUCAUGACUAAAUACCUGCUCUAAUUUCAUCGAUAACUUACGUCAAAAAUUUACCUUGAAAUUGAUAGUCCAACCAAAAGAGUUCAAUUUCAAGUUCAAUCAUCAUCGUUCUGGUGGGAUAAUCUUAUUAAAGGCCUUUUGAUAACUGUGCUAAUCCACUUAUUGAAUACAAAACAAAUUUUUCGAAUUGUUAAAUCAUGAAAUGGGUUAAAAAACCUCAAACAGCUACCGAUUUUCAUGAACAGGACAUUUUUAGCAGUAAAAAGUCCACUAUAACGUUAGUCAUCCCGUUCUUUGAGAAAUGAAAAAGUCAAAUGGCAGCCAAAAUUUCAGUUAGUCCCUUUGCAUUGUUGCUUGAAAUAAUAAAGAAUUACAAGCAUGUCAGAUUUGCCAUAAAAAACUAAAUUGCUAAAUGUAAAAUUAUUAAAAAGCAAUAAUAAAAAUAAAAAUAUCUACAGAGAAUUAUUACAAAGUAAAAUUAUAUGAUAACCCUUUCGCUUGUUAUUAUUAAUAAGAUGGCGCUGAAAUAUGAUAUUCACUCGCUCUAUGAAUAAUGUGCAAUGAUCUUGUAUCAUUUAGUCACUUCUUUAGACAUUAAUUUCACCUUCUAUAGACUUAAGUAGCUUACAUGUGUUACUGUAUCAUCUGACUGUCUCAAAAUUGAGUCUAUUCAAUCAAACCUCUAAAUUGUCCUAGUCUAAUAACAUGAAGAAGUGCAACUUAUGUUAAUUUGUUCUGACAUGUUUGUUUUCCUUAAACUAUUUUACACUCAACUUUAUCAUCUUUUUGAUAAUCUUUGUUAACUGUAUAAAAAAACUCUACUGAGCAAUAUUUUUCCAUCUCGUCAUUUUCCUUCUUAUCUUUUUUUAUUCAUCUUUUUUAUCUUUUUCUUCUUUCACUUGUUCUCUCACCUUGUACUUGUUUUUUCUUAUUAUGUUACGUUUUGAAUAAGCUUUUAAACAGUUAUGUCAUUUGGACAGUUUAUUGAAAUAAAACCACAGCUUCUCAAAAGGAUUGAAAGGUAAA